UGUACACGGCCUGGAGCGUUACUUGAAGAAACCGUCUCUAGCAAGUCUACCAGUUCUGACCAUUCCCCCACUUUCCUUCGUCAAACCCUCGAUCUCUGCAUUUUUCAAUUUUUCGCUGUCAUCGGUCUCUUGGAUUCGAGUAGCGACUAGCGAGGUUAAUGAUAAGCACCCUAGGGCUCUGAUCGGCGGGGAAGGAUCAGAAGCCAGAACUGCUGGGAGUUUAUGAGCGGUUUCCAGGCGGCGGAGUACAUGGAUCUCGAAAAGCCUAAUCAGUCGGAGGACCCCAAAGGUAGCUUUUCGUCCUCUUGCUCGAUCUGCCUUGAAUUCGUGCUCGAUCGAGGAGAGAGAUCAAUAGCCAAGCUACAAUGUGGCCACGAAUUCCAUUUAGAUUGUAUUGGUUCGGCUUUUAAUGCUAAGGGAGCAAUGCAAUGCCCUAAUUGCAGGAAAAUUGAGAAAGGCCACUGGUUAUAUGCAAAUGGAAUUUGUCCGUCAACUGAUUUCGAUAUUGAUGGCUGGAUCACUGAGAAUUUUUAUGAUUUAGAACUGCCAUUUGGUUUUCAGUGGUGCCCUUUCCGCGGGUUUACUCGACUAACAGCAUUGUUAGAUGAUGGAGACUCCCAGCCAAAUUCAUAUCAUGAGGCAUUGGGCAACGGUACAUUCGGAGAUCUCUCGAGUUCUUCUACGAGCACACAUGCUUGUCCUUACUUAGCUCUGCAUCAUGCCAUGAACAUGGCUCAUUCGAGCACGUCGAUAUCCGUUCCAGAGAAUUCUCUGUUCCAUCGGCAUCCGACGAAUAUGGGAGCACAGCCCUCGGUCGAAAUGCGAAAUCCCCACAGUUUUUCCGCAACUGAGGUGCAAAACUCCAACUGGCCACAGCAGUCGGCCCCGCCAUCUAUUUCUUUGAAUGGAAAUUCUGAUCAUUCUGCAUCUCUUUAUGGUCUUAGUAGAUUAUCUAGGAAUGAUACAAGUAACCAGCCAAGGGUUGGAUCUUUUGUGCAAGCACAUCCACUUAUACAUGGCUCCAUGGGAGUUCGAAAUGGAAAUAAUCCUCACCCUAGAAGCCACUCACAAGCUGUUUCUUCUUCGUCUAGCCGUGUCUCCACCUUUGCCCCUGCGAGGAGGCCGAGACCAAGAGGAUUAGCUCUUAUUUCAUCCUCGUCGUCGACGGAUAUAGGGGCAUUGUACGGGUUCUCCGUUUCCAACUCCGCAACGAGGAGCCACCAAGACUCAGAUCGGCAUUUCGAUCGCUACUACGGGUGGGGUAGAGAAAGCUUUACGCCGCUGCCAUGGAUUCCACUUGAAGGCGAAUCACAAUGGUGGAGUCCCUUCAACCCUAACCACCCUCCACAAACUGGAAGUUUUGUUCGUAGAGGCGGCAGCUCGGGUGACAGAAUUACACAAAAUCAUUCGGAAAAUGGUUAUCAGCGGAUUCCGUUGCAUCCGUGGAUGCCGCCACCGCCCCCACCUCCCUAUAUGUGAUGAUUAGUUAGUUUAAUGGAGGUUUGACAUCUCUUCCUCUUCUUUGUGAAUAUAUGGGACCGAUGGAUGGACUUUUGCGUGCGGAUUUUUGAGAAAAUUUCGUUUAUCUUUCAAUGAGCGGCGAUCGAAUCUAUCAAAUUCGAAGUCUUUCCGAUGUGAUGUGAUCAAAUUUGAUUUCGUAUCGCGAGCUCUUUGAGCUAUGUUUUUUUCUUUUCUUUUUGUUCUUGCUGGUUCUGAAGAACAGAGAGCUGGGUUGUGAGGGCUUUGCCUGCUAUUUAUUUAGUUGGUUGACAGGGGAACUGAAUGCUUAUUUUAUGAUCUGCCUGUUCCAUGUAUAAAUUGGAAUUAAAUUUAAAUUUUGAUGUGUUUUCUCAGU